AAUAGUUUAAAUGAGUACAUUGAGCGAUGAGCGUAAAUAGCCAUCAUAAAAAAGUUACUGAAAAAGAAAAUGAUUUUAACAAAACUCAAACUCCAGAAGUACACAGCGAACUUCAUAGAACUCAGGAGAUGAAAGAAAAAGUCAGUAAAACUAAAAAGAAAGACUCCUCUGUUCCGCUUGACUCUGUUGAUGUAGAAAACCACGUUAAUAUUGAUUCACAAGAGAGCUUAAAUCCAGAAAGUGCUGUUAAAGAAAAUGGCGAAAUAGAUUGGGACUGCCCUUGUCUACAAGGAAUGGCUCACGGCCCUUGUGGUAACGAAUUUAAAGAGGCAUUUUCUUGUUUUGUUAAUAGCAAAGAAGAGGAGAAAAAACCAAAAGGUUAUGAAUGCGUGACAUAUUUUAGGGCCAUGCACGAUUGCAUGACUGAAAAUGCAGAACACUACCUUCAAUAUUUAAAGGACGAUGAAGGAGAAGAAGAAGUUGAUAUUUCUAGUCAAAGUAGCCAGAACUCUUCUAAAGAAACAAACGAAGAAGGCGAUAAUACUGCUCCAGAAGUGUCUGGGCUUUAAAUUUUAUUAAGGAAUAGUGUUUUUUUCUUUUUCCUUCUUCUACUGU